CGCCAUCGACUAUAAGCAAGGCGCCACACCAUAGGCGCUGUGUGGUCGGGUAAACGGGCCCAAGAACAUUGUGUUUUUCAAGCAACUCCGUUGGUGUGAAGCCAGGAGUGUGUUGAGGUCAGCGAAGGAGGACAGGAGAGAAAAGCAGCGACUGUUGUUGUGAGUUGUGAGAGAGAUUCCGCUCGGAGAGAGCGAACAUGCCGCCCAUCAAACACCAAGUGGUUUCACCUUCGGCGGGCAUCUCGUGCCACGCGUGGAACGCCGACAAGUCAAUGCUGGCGCUGUGCGCGAACGACAACCGGCUGCAGAUCUACGAAGGGUGCAACAGCCCGAGCUUCGCGUCCUGGCGCCUGGCCCACGUGCUGGAGGAGCACGACCUGGUCAUCUCCGGCAUCUCCUGGUCCCCCGUGACCAACAAGAUCGUCACCUGCUCGCACGACCGAAACGCCUUCGUGUGGUCCUACGACGCCGCGCAGGCCAAGUGGAAUCCGAUCCUGUGCGCCCUGAUGCUUACCCGCGCCGCCUUGGACGUCCAUUGGAGCCCAUCAGGGACGAAGUUUGCGUGCUCGAGCGGGGCGAAGACCAUCGCCGUCAGUCGGUUGGACACUUCGCAAGGGAGCGACUGGUACGUGAGCAAGCUCAUCAAGGGUCACAAGUCAACGGUCCAGAAGGUGGCAUGGCAUCCUAACGGUCUUGUGCUUGCUACCGCGUGCACGGACUUCAAAUGCCGGGUUGUGUCGGCGGUGGUUGAGGAGGUGGAUACAAACCCCGACCCGAGACCGUUCGGGACUGUCAAGCCCUUCGGAGAGGCCUACCACCAGUUCUCUUGCGGGGGCUGGGUGACCGCGGUGGCUUGGUCGCCCUCUGGCUCCAUCCUGGCGUAUGCGGGUCAGGACUCGACGAUCCACUUCGUACGCUUCGACCCCAGCGGGGCUGUGAGCGAGCAGAGCGUGAGGUACGCCCUCCUCCCCGUGUCCAGCCUGGCUUUCCUCAGCGACAAGGCGGUGGUUGGGGGGGGGCACGACAUGAACCCCUUGGUGUUCACGGCGAACUCCUCCGGACAAUGGUCGUUCCUCCGUAGGCUUGACGAGAAGUCCACCGGUCCGGCGAAGGCGGAGGGGGCCGUGAGCUCCAUGUCCGCGGCGAGAGCGAUGUUCCAGGCCAAGACCACCCGGGGUCAGGCGUCCUCCGGCGGCGCGGGCAAGGACUUGUGGACGCAGCACGCCAACGCCAUCGUCGGCAUCGAGGGCAUGGGGCGGGCGGGAGACCCGACUUGUUCUAAGCUGUCGACGUGCGGCUUGGACGGAAGGCUGGUCGUCUGGGAGAUCCCCACCCUCGACAUCGACAUGCAAGCCCUUGGACUGUAGGGCCUCCAGGAGUAGUGCGUGUGUGGGGGGGUGUUGCUGCGUAAGAACUCGACGGGCUGCCGGUGCAAGAGCUUGAACUCUGUGUUAGCCGACUUGUUGCGACCGGGAGGAACAUUCCGCUUUUCCCGUGAACCAGCAUCUCCCUGGUCCUGCUGGCAUGUUCGUGUUGACCCCCAUCAUGUGUGUUUUUUUUACGUGUGCUAUGCAUACAUAGGCGUUGUACCGAUGGUUCGGCGAGGUGUCGCCUAGAAAUCGCACUGCCCGUAGGUGAACGCCAGGCUCCGGUGUGUAGACUGGCGCGCCAUCCUUUUCGCAAGGGGCUGGAUGGACGUUGGGUGUUGGGGAUGCCAGCGGCGCCUUCCUUCGUGUUGUAUGACCUCCUUCCGAGGGCUUGUUUUCUUCUACGUUGAUUUUUCUCCUGAAACUUUCGGCGCACCCCCAGUUUCUUUUGCCAACGUGGGUUUCCUGACCUUGAGGAAAACAUUAUGUCGGUGUCUGUGUCUUGUUAGAGGACCCAUCGUCGAUACAGCAGUACUGUACGCGGAAAGUAUGCCAACCUGGCUUUGUUUUUCCUCUUUUUCGUGGUUCAUCGUCGUGCUCAGUCUCUCCAAGCUCCGGCACAGCUUUUCACCCCAGGGCUGAGGGCUGAGCCUGAAACAAGCUGCUACCUCGUGAGUGGUGCAAGC